UUUUAAAAUUUACUUUGUUAGAAAGGCUCUUGUGUCUUUAAGAAACGGCGGUGCGUGCAAAGGACUAUGGGUGCACGCAGGACUAGAGCGCGGGAGAGCCGGAGAGAUAGGUAGCAAGUCAGCGAGCGGUAACUUAUAAUUAGUUAACUUAGUUGUUCCUGAAAGUAAUAAACUCCGUGGGUUAUGUAUGCGUCACUGAUGAACAGCAGCCCUCGUCCCUGAACCUCCCGUCCUGCCUUCCCUGCCAGCCCCAGGAUCUCUCGUCUCCCCUUCCCUUCGUCUCCGUGUCCUGUGCCUGCCUGUUGGACUGCAUCUCCCCGGCUACCGAAUCUACCUUCUGUCCCCGACCAUUCUUCUUGCCUGGCCCAUUGAAAGCCUGUUCCCUGCUCGAUCUAAUAAAGAUCGCUCUGUUCCGCAUUCCUGGGUCCGCGUUUCCCUGCCGAGGGUGUCCUAACAAUUAUGUCUCCAGUAAUAAUUUUCUGCUAAUAGCAUUAAUUCUCUUAUUUCGGUAUCGUUGUACUGCAUGUACAUGUUAUCACCAUCAAAGAAAAAAACGCGUUAUGACUUAUCAGUCAUUAUUAUUGUUUUUGUCGUUUAUUUAAUCGUGUAGCAAUACUGCCACUUGUCAUAUUAUUCAUUGCGUAUUUAUAUAAUAUUAACCAAUGACCAAUCUCUGUAUCUUACUAGCAUCUUUUGCGCAUUUGUCUUUGUAUCAGCCGUAGCGGUCUGCAGGGGGAAUCGCAGAAGCUGGAGUUUCUUAGAGCACUGCAUGGGUUUGGACAAACAUUAGGUAUUGGUAAUAUUACUGGACAAAAAUAUAUCGUUAUUGGUGUCCACCAAAGUUUCCAGCACUAGCUACAAGAAAUGAGAUUGAAUGCAUUUGCUCGUUUUUAUUUGUAUUUAUUUUUUUAAAAGUUUCUUACAUUAUAUCCGUGCUUUUUAAAGGUUAUAUCUCAAUUUUUCAAAAGUAAACACAAAAAGGAUGACACUUAAUGCCCCCUCCCUGCCCCCACCCUAUUUAGAACGUUAGGCGUUCCAUUACGUAAAAAUGUAGUACUACGUCAUGAUGCACCGCUUAUAAAUGAUCUGUUUGAUAAGGGAGAAUCAAACACAAACGAUUCGUGAGUGCAUCGUACGUGUUGUAAGAGCAAGUGAAGCUGAAAGACAUUGACAGUUAAGGUAAGGCCUCCCCUUCAAAAUGUAUACUUCACUUAGAUCAAAGGUAUUAAACUAAAAAAAACGCUGUGAGAUGCUAAACUACCGACCGCAAAACGUGCAGACUGGUGGGUGUCAAUUGCGCUGGAAUGACAUUACAUGGUUUUAAUUUUUCUCUGAUAUCGGCCGGCCAGAUACAGUAAUUUGUUUGAGACCCCUGAAUUUAAAUAAUAAUUAAUUUUUAUAACGAUGGUGGCCUAUAUAAUGUGCCGAUUUACUUGUGAAGUUGUUCAGCUGGUUGACAUGGCAUUGAUUACUGCUUUUUAAGAAAGUGCAUGUAGUCUCACACUGCAGAAGUCCAUUGCUCAGUUGUCAGCAUGCUCAGCGUGUCGCCUGUGAUGUGUCCUGCACAGCAGCAGGCUACAUUGCGUUUAAUGGACUAAUACUUCUUCAACCCAUUAAAUGAUUCCUUUCUCUCUCCCUGCCAGUGAUGGCACCCUCUAUCAAUCUCUUCACCUUCCUCGUCCUGUCCCUGGUGGGGGGCAGCUCUUCAUGGGACGAAGCUUCUCCUUGCGGAUCCGGCUCCAUCCUGACAAGGCCCUACACGGCCUUGUGUGAGCUGGAUGCGGUGUGGGGCUUGGUGGUGGUGGUGGCGGCAGCGGCGGCGGCCCUCGCCUCGCUGAUCCUGCUCCUGGUGGUACUGUGUCGCCUGCGGAAGAUCACAGAGGCUGAGGAGCGCAGCGGGGUGGCGCCGCUACUCCUGCUGCUCGCAGCCAUAUUUGGGCUUUGUGGCCUCAGCCUGGGAUACAUCGCUGAGCAGCAAGAGAGCCUCUGCUUCGCCCGGCGUGUCCUGAGGGGGGUGUUGCUUGCUAUCUGCAACACAUGCCUCGUGUUUCAUGGUCUGCGACUGCGCCGGUUGGGACAAGGUGCUCAUAGCCCCAGCACAGGUCAACUGAUGGGGCUGGCGGUGGCCUUGGCCGUGUUGGAUCCGGAGUGGAUCCUUCUAGCCACGAUGUCCACGUGCCAGCCAGCCUGUGAAUACCAGCCGCUGGACUUUGCGCUGGCCACCACUUAUGUGCUGGUCCUGCUCCUGGCAGCACUGGUGGGGGCGGCCUGCAGUCUGUGGAGGCAGCAGCCACGGUGGAGGUGCAGGACCAUGUGGCUGCUCAUCACCUGCCUGGCCUCAGUCCUGCUGUGGGUGGCCUGGAUCACCUUCUGCCUGUAUGGCAACGCGGCGCUUGGCCUGCCCCCAACAUGGGACAACCGGGUACAGGCAGUGGUGCUGCUGGCACAAGCAUGGCUGCUCAUACUGCUGCACGCUGCUCCUGAGGUCCACGCCACCUUACGGCCCCCAUCCCGCAUGAGAGAGGCCAAUUUAGAGGAGGGCCUUUCUCACCUGUAGUUUGGAGCAAACCGGGACUUCGUGUUCAGUGACAACAACUCAGGUGUCCUCCCCAGCCCCCAGGAAACAUUACAUUUUAAAUAAAUAAUAUAUAUAUAUCAUCA